GAGCGUGCGGGACCUUGCGCUCCUCGGAGGUGAAUGCUUGGCGGUGUCUGGCAACUAUUGUUUAUCAACAAACCGCAGACGUCCGCCGCUUCACCACUAUAUUAUCAGUGUGGGGGAUGUAAAUGCUAUUUUGACAGCUUAUGCGACGUCACAGAACAUCAAAAACAAUGUGCCUCUGAGGCAGAAGAGACAGCCUCUACCGCCAUGGUAGUUGCUGCAGAGGCCCCUCCAGCACCUGUGGCUGCAGGGACAGUUUCCCUUUGCAUUCAAAAGUGUUUCUUGAAGUCUCUCGGAGUAAAGAGGCACUAUAGUCUCUGCAUAGUCCUUGACCCGCACAGGACUUGGCGGCCUAUCCUCUCCCUCUUCUCCUUGCCUUGGCAGCCUCUCUUCUCCCUCUUCCUCUUGCCUCAGCAAUAUUUCCUCCUCUCGUGCUACGAGGAGUUCUGCAGCGUCCAACAGAGGGUCUUUUGCGAGCUCUUCAGCGAGGAGGAGGAGAGCCAGCUUGGACGGCCAUCUUGUCAACCAUACCCGUAUGGCUAUACGCGUUCCCUUGCGUUCCGUUGGGGGUUGCGGGGGCAGCGUGCUAACCUCCAACGGAACGCAGCCCCUGUUCAGCAUUUUGAAAAAGCUUUUGAUAUGAUACGGCACGAGGUAUUGGUGGAGAGGCUGCGAAGGUUGGGUGUUGAUAAUGCUGAUAUAAGGAUAAUUACAAAUCUGUACUGGGGACAGGGCAGAGAGCUGUGGUGA